GUGGUCAUGGGCGAUGAACUGCAAGAAGGAUGCGUUAACUAAAACCAUUUUUUUUCGAUAUUGAAUGCUCCUCAAGCGUGAAAAAAAAUAUUCGCAAUUUUGCACGAGAAGAAGAAGAAAAUUGGAAAAGGUGUUAAUUAUCACGAUAGUCACGACAUCGACCUAGAAAAAUUGUUUUAAUGAGCAAAUUCCUUUCUUUGGUAUAUUAAGAGAUUUGUUGUACUAAAAGCUAUUCUGAUUUUGAUAAAUGAACUGCUAAAAAAAGAAAACACACACGGGACAUCAGACCGCAAGUGCCUAGUUGCAACUGCGUAAAUUAAUCCAGAUUUUCAAUUGAAUGGUAUAUAAAUUGUAUAAAACAAUGCCUCUGUUCGGAAAAUCUCAAAAAAGUCCGGCUGAGGUGGUAAAGGCUCUAAAAGAGGCUGUUAACGCGCUAGAACGUGGUGACAAAAAAGUUGAAAAGGCGCAAGAGGAUGUCAGCAAAAAUUUGGUCCACAUUAAAAAUAUGUUGUAUGGAACUGCAGAAUCUGAGCCUCAAGCCGAUAUAGUCGUGGCACAACUCGCACAAGAACUUUACAAUAGCAAUCUUUUACUUCUUCUCGUUCAAAAUUUAAGUCGAAUAGAUUUUGAGGGUAAAAAAGAUGUUGCUCAGGUAUUCAACAAUAUUUUAAGAAGACAAAUUGGCACGCGAUCACCAACCGUUGAGUACAUUUGUACAAAACCUGAAAUAUUGUUUACUCUCAUGUCUGGAUAUGAGCAUCAAGAUAUCGCGUUAAAUUGUGGUACAAUGUUAAGAGAAUGCGCUCGAUAUGAGGCGCUAGCUAAAAUCAUGAUCUAUUCCGACGACUUUUAUAAUUUCUUUAGAUACGUCGAAGUUUCUACUUUCGAUAUUGCUUCAGAUGCCUUUUCUACAUUUAAGGAGUUGCUCACGAGGCACAAGAUUUUGAGCGCUGAAUUUUUAGAAGUCAAUUACGAUAAGGUCUUUUCACAUUAUCAGAGGUUACUGAGUUCGGAAAAUUAUGUAACCCGUCGACAAAGUUUGAAACUGUUAGGAGAACUGCUUCUUGACAGACAUAAUUUCACUGUCAUGACACGGUAUAUAUCAAACCCAGACAAUUUAAAGCUAAUGAUGAAUAUGCUUAAGGAGAAGUCUCGUAACAUACAAUUUGAGGCCUUCCACGUGUUUAAGGUAUUUGUUGCUAAUCCAAACAAGCCGAAGCCAAUAUUGGAUAUUCUAUUAAGAAAUCAAGAGAAAUUAAUCGAGUUCCUCACACGCUUCCAUACAGAUCGCUCGGAAGAUGAGCAAUUUAAUGACGAGAAAGCUUAUUUAAUUAAGCAAAUAAAAGAGCUUAGAUCUGUUCAUGAAAAUUGAAUAAAAAAUUAUUUUUUUUUAAUCAUUUUUCAGUUUCAAGGAACUAUGUAAAUACAAUUUACAUUCACACAGACACACAUACACAUAAACAUACACACAAUUUAUUGUAACAUACAGACUUUAGGCAAACAUAAAAGAAAAAAAAUACUCUGCUACUUUCUAUCAAUUUGAUGAUUAGUUGUCCAAACACUUAGUAUGGCAGCUAUAGACAAUUUUUUACACUUUAAAAAAGUUGAAAAAAAAUUCAAUUUCCCGUUUAUUUAGGAAUUCAAUUCUACUCGGGAGUUUUUUUUUAAUUCAAUUUCGAAUCUGGUUUUUAAUAUUUAGAAACUGAAUUCUGUCCUUUUUUGCAAUUCACUUUUUAAUUGUACUUUUCUAUAAAUAAAUAAUAGACCGGAGCAAAAUUGACAAGAGUGUAUACUUUUGAUUUUUUAUCAAUUUAGCGUUUAAAUGAAAAAUUAAAAUAUAAAAUUUCGAAAAAAGCACCUGUUAAGUGGCUUUAAAUAAGGCCUUAAAUGCGAGUAAGAUUGUUAAUGAAUAAUAAUAAUUUAGUUAUAUUUAUUUCGAAAUAGAUCAAUUUUUCCUAAACUGAAUUUUUAUAGGUCGAUUUCGUCCUUUAUUUACAAUUUUGUUUCUUUUCUGAAAGAGAAACAAAUAAAAGUUUUGAAUAUUUUGGAGGAGAGUUCAAAAAAUUAAAAUUAAAAUUUCAAAACGUCAUUUUGUUGUAGCUGCUAUACUUUGUUUUGUUUCUUCUUUUUUUGUAUUUAAAAAUAUUCUACUCGCAGCGAACGUAUUACUUAUAGCGAUAGACAUCUGCUUAUUUUACGCUAAAAUUAUAAUCACAAUGUAUAUGUAUAGAAUUGACUGUUAAAAUGUAACGCCAAAACAAUAAUUAUUGUUUAUUAUAUUUAUUGCAAUAAAAGUAUUACUAAAAAUGGA